UUUUUAAGAUGUUUUAGUUUUUUAGAUUUUUAGUCAACUCUCAAAUCUCACGGCACACCUAAGCCUUUCUGGCGGCACACUUUGAGAAACACUGCCCUAAGCUACUCUGGCUUGCCAUGUGAGACUGGGAGAUGUGUAUGCUGGCCAGAUAUUCAUACCUGCUUCUCCCCAUGUCCUCAUUUCUCUCCCCUAACUAUCCAAUUCCCUGGAAUUCCUCUUUAGUCUUCUUCAGCAAUAGUGCAAUUUGUAUCCAAGCUUCAUCCCUCUUGGUAUUGAAGUUGAGCAGACCAGUUCACCUUAUAAAGACUGCAUGGUGGAAUAUAUGCUUCACCUGUGAAAGUUUCAUGUCAAGGAAAUGCUGCAUUCCCAGGCUUUUAAGGGUAAAAUGAAGGAAGAAGCAUCAGAGUGGUUUCAGAACAGGACAGCUUCCUAUCUGGAAUCAUUUGUAGUGAAGAUCUUAAAAAAGGGACCAGUUCCUCGCCAUAUUGCUAUAAUCAUGGAUGGCAACAGGCGAUAUGCCAGCAAGCAUCACCUUAGGUGCAUCGAAGGUCAUUCUGAAGGCUUCAAGCGGUUGACAGAAGUUCUUUGGUGGUGCCGAGAAUUGGGUAUCAAGGAGGUGACCAUUUAUGCUUUCAGUAUAGAGAAUUUCAAGAGAACCCAAGAGGAGGUAUCAGGUCUCAUGACCUUGGCUCAGGAGAAGAUGGAGACACUCCUGAAGGAAAGCAACGAGUUGAAAGAUCAUGGUGUCAGGAUCCAGUUCCUGGGUAAUAGAGGUCUUCUGUCUGAACCCCUGCGUGCUCUCAUGUCCCAGCUGGAGAUGUCAACAAGGGAUCACAAAAAUGCCACGCUCAAUGUUGCCUUCUCAUACACAAGUCGGGAUGAGAUAGUGCGGGGGAUCCAGCACUUAGCUCAAGGUGUCCAGCAGGGUCUUCUCGACAUUCCUGACAUCCAUGAGGAACUGCUGGAUUUUGUACUUGAUACUCGCCAUACAAGUCCAUGUGACCUUGUUAUUCGAACAUCGGGUGAAGUUCGCCUCUCUGAUUUCAUUCUUUGGCAGGUAGAUAUUUCCUCUACACUUCUCCAUUGUGAAGGACAUCCUGCACAGUGGUCAGCUGAUAACCUGAGUGGACACGUGUGCCAGUGUUGCUGCCUUCAUUGCACAUUCACCACAAAAGUCUACACGGACCCGGUCAUCACCUGUCCAAGUGGAUUUAGUUGCAUCUACUACACAAAAAUCUUGUGGCCUGAAUUCUCCAGUUGGCACUUGUUUGCAGCCAUCCUCUACUAUCAGCUCCAAUAUCCAUUCUUGAAGGAGGGGAGACAGAUGAAAGCAUGCCAGCAAGAUAUGACUUUACCAUCAGAAAAGACAGAACGUGAUAGACGCAUUCAUGCAUUCCUCGCUACACAUCUAUCAUAGAAAUGAAGUGAAGACCAGUGACAAGAACCUGUGAUGCUCAUCAGGGCUCAAUUGUCAAAAGAUCAUAAUGGAGCAUCACUGCAAUUCAACCCAUGACAGAAUGCCCUUGGUGUCAACACUAUUGACUUCAUCUGAAUGAAAAGCUCCACUGCC